UUUUUAAUUUUUACAGGUCAGCACCUUGUUUUGAUCUCAGAUCCAGAGAAAGGUGAAUCUGUUUUUGCAUUUGACAACCCAGGCUUUAAAGAGGGUCCGUCGAUUGUACCGAAUGAAAAAGAAAGCAAUAAUAAGUUGAAAUGGCCUCACUGGAAUUCAAUGGGUUUGCUGCGUUCAAGCAGCGACAAAGUCAAAGCUAUGGAUGAUUCAUAUACAGCUCAACCUCCUUUGACAAUUGUCCCAUUGAGAAGCCACGAUUUCACUGGAUUAGGUUUCAACAUCUGUGGAAAUAUGAGAGAUGGUAUUUACAUCAAAGAUGUAUUGCACAGAGGACCAGCUUCUGAAAGUGGACGCAUUACUUCUGGUGAUAGGAUUGACAGUAUUAAAAUCAACUUGAGACAUGUCGUUUUUGAAGAUGCCCUUACUAUUUUGAGUUAUGCUUCGCCUUAUGAAGUUGAACUGGCAAUUGAAAGAAGUGGUCAGAAUACUUCAACUCUCCUUAGGACUCCACCACCACCUCAUAAAAUUUGCCACCCAUUUUACAGGAGCCAUUCUAUUUCAGAUCUUCAACAGAUUGGAAAAGUAAACAGGAAACAAGGGGAUCAACCAUCAAGUUUGUUAUCUGAUGUGAGCUUAAGUGAUUCUGGAAAACCCACAACUCUUGAUAGAAAAAGCAGGUCAAUUGAACAUGAAAAAACCCAAAAUUCAAGAAACUGUAUGCUGGAAACUGUCCAGAAACAUGAAAGUAUUUUCCAUGAGAUUGAUUUGGAAGUAGUCGAACCUGAAAAGUCAAAGGAUUCUUCGCCGAGUAACGUUAAAUCUUAUCUUGUAAAAGGAAUACAAAACCUAAAAGAGAAGUUACACAAUUCAUUGCAUAUGGAAGAUCCUCAUAAGGAAGAAGUAAAAGAGGUGAAAGAUGUCAAGGAAAUUAAGGAGAUCAAAGAUACCAAGGAUGCCAAGGAGACAAAGGAAUUUAGCACAGUGCCAACUUCGGGAAAAAUUAUUGUAGGUGAUGGAUUUGUAACUGCAGAUUUAAUUGUCCCUGAAGUUGUAGAGAAAGCUGGGACUGCUGCCAAAGAGAGCAGGAAAUCUUCCAUUGUUACUGAUGCUCAUGAUGAAGUUGACAAUAAAUAUUCUCUGGACAUAGAGGAUCCAAUAGCUGCAAAAAGAAAUAAAAGAAAAGCUCCAAUGCCCCCUCAAGAUGCUGAAGAUGAACAUGAAAGUUUGCAUUCUGUGCAUUCAGAAAGUGAUUCUGAAGCAGGAGACACAUGUGGUACUAUUGAACUUAACUCUACACAUAUUACAGUACACCAGGUACCUCAAGAUAAUGAAAGCCGUAAAGCUUCAUCCUUGGGAGAUUUGUCACGCUAUGAAGCAGACAGCGUUGUACUUUUAGAAAGAGCUGUGUCCCUUGAUCUAGGAGACGGAGCACCAGGUUGUAAGAAAAGAAAGGCACCUCUACCUCCUCAAGAUGAUUGCGUGUCCCCGCAAAAGGAAGCUAGAUUGGAUAACGGCAUAGCUGGGACUUUGAAAAAGUCAUCGGUAUGGGGAACGCUUGAAGAAAUAAUCCAAAAUGGAAGUGAAUCAGAAACAGAUUUGGGCAUUUCAGGCUGUUCAACACCAGAAAAGGGGGAAUUAGUUUCAUCUACACCGUUUAAGUAUGAAAACUCAGACGGUGACAUCCUGCUCACUUUGGACCAGCUCAAUGAUGAGGACACACCUCCAGAACUACCAACCUCUCCUGUGCCUACAUAUUCUUUUAUUACUGAAAUACAAGUACCAUCAGAAAGACAACCAACCAAUGAUGUGGUACAUUUUGAUAGCACUGAGCAAUUUCUUGACCACAUGGCUACACUUAAGGCUCAAGAGGUCAGUCCUAUUUUGACAAAACAUUUUCAAAGCAGUCAAAUUUCUCCUGAGAAGAUAAAUGAAUAUGAAACUUCCCCACAAUUUGAACGUAUAAUUACGACCAACCAUAAGACUGUAAUGCCAGAUGACAGUUCUCUGAACAUACAAAUGACUUUUACACAAAGCAAGCAGAUAAGUAAAAUCACGAACAAUGAUAAUACUUCACAGAAUGAUGAUUGCGAUGAAACAGAAGAAAUAAAACCAGAUAUGACUUCUUCAAAAAUUGAAAUGACAGGAAAAAUAACUGAUUCCUCAUUUCCAGGCAAUACAGAAAAGUUGUUAGAUCAUCUGGUCCAAGAAACAAUAUUUCAACCCCAAGAAACUUGUUCCCUCAUUUCAAAGUCUCCUUUGAAAAAAGCACCUGUUAAACCACCAAAACAAAAUAAUAAUUGUGAAAAUACAGAGUAUUUUCUAAAGCAAAUGAUAGAAGCAGAAAUAAGAGAAUCCUCUCCGCCAGAAAGUCCUCAAAAAUCCAUUGCAGAAAAAGUAAAUGACAAAUUGCACGAUCAAAUUUCUAAAUUACAAGAAACAAGCUUGGCUUCUGAUAAAAAACCUACGACAAGUCAAAGAGACAGUUUCAGCAAGGAAAAUAUGUCGGAUGAACAAAUUUUAGCAUUGAAAGCUUCACCUUCACAAAGGGCUGAAAUAGCUAAACCUACACGGUCAAAUGUGACCAUCACGACAAUUAAGUCAACGACUCCUUCGCGAAUCCCUGUGAGAGCUGGACAUAAGAGCCCCAGGGCUAGCCUCUCUCCGACAUCUGACAAAAGGAGCAUGAUCCACAGGAAUGGGCAUAGUUCACCCUAAGUUUCAAAUUUCUUGUAUUAUUCAUUUAUGUAUUUAGAUUUUUGUUUCCUUAGAUAAGGUGGGCCUGUUUUGAGGAAAUUAAACCUUUUUAAUUUUUCUUCUUUCUGUUUUUGCUUUUCUUUUUUUCAAUUACAACUGAUAAUAUGCAAAAAAACAAGUAAAACCAUAACUAGGGUAAACAAUUUUUCUAUUUCAAAACUAGUCAUUAUUUAAACUUUAGACUUAUAUUUGUUUUCUAGAGAAACAUAAUAAAAUCAAAUGAUAAUUUUUCUAAUGUUAAACUGAUUUAUCAUGCAAUUUUGUAAUAGCUUUCUUCUUUGAAACAAAUUUCUUUACAAGGAUAUCAAAAUAAUAAAAUUUAAUUUUUCUAUAAAUUUUUUGAAUGAUGGAAUUGUCAAUUUUUUUCUGGCUUGUGCAUACCUACAUUGUAGAACAAAAAUGGUUUAGUCUUACCAUCACUGUAAUAAUUUACAUAUAAGUUUGCUAUUUGUUGUAUUACAAACACAGGUUCACCUUAUACAUCAUUUAUUUUGUAUAAAAAGUUUUGCAUUUCUUUCUUUCGGUUUUUCUCAAACAUUCCAACAAAAAAAUCUGGCUGUCAUUUAAUUGUGAAUAAAAACAAAAGGAGGAAAGAAAGUUGUAUUAAAAUAUAGUGUUGAGAUCAAUUUAUUUUAUUUACUUUAGUCAUUUUAUCAACAAAAAAAAGUUUUUAAAAAAGUAGUUAUCACUUAUUUUUGUAAUAUGAACAUAUUUUUGCUUUCGAUUGUAGUGCCAAAGAGAGAUAUCAAGAUUUUAUUAAAUUACUAACAUUUUUUUUUGUAAAUUUUUUU